UAACUAUUCACUGUGUUUUUUAUAUUAACCCACAUAAGUGUGCGAAAAUGCAGAGUUCUCUCUUAUGUUUCUUCUUCAUCACAUUCAUCUCUUUUGUUUCGUGUUCCAUAGCACUUUUCGAGUUAAGUGUAAAAGUCACGAACGUAAUUUCAGAAAAUUUUGCUAACGCAAAUGAAUCCCCUAAUGUUACUGACCCAGAUAGCAGUAAUCAAAAAUUGUUAUUACUGUUGGAACUAGAUAGCAUCACUGUUGAAGUUGAUGAAAUAAUUGGACAAAUUCAACGAAGCGAUAAAGAUAAAAACUCGAAUAUUAUUAGCAGAAUGUCACAAAAUUUACCGCUGAUGAUAAAUGAUCAUAAAUCAACCUUAAAAGAUAUUCACAUGUCACAGAUAUAUUUGAAUGAUUAUUACAAGGCUAUGAAGAAAUAUAUACGAGAUGCUGAUGAAUACAAUUCUACGGUAUUGCUUGAUUUUGCCGAUAAAGUAUCAUCCGCCUCCAACAAUUCUGUUUCUUCUAUGGUUAAGUUGCUGUUUGAAAAAGUGGUAGAUAAAAGUUUUAUAGAAAAUGUACUGAAACAUUUAGACCCCAUUAACAACUACUAUUGCCACGAAAAACAAUCCGGUGCUGAGAUAUUACACACAUUUAUGAAUGAAAUACAAACAAUUAAUAUAAAAAGUUAUGUAUCAAUAUAUACAGCAUAUAUGAUCAAAGAGAUAUAUUCAGAAACAAAAGGGAGUUUCAAAAAAGCAGUGGUAAAUGCUAGUGAGAAUUUCCAGAUGAGGACAAAUAAUCUAACGUCCACUCUGAAGACUUAUUUAACAACAGCUUCUUUAGAAUUGCGAAGAUGUGAUCUCCAACCUUACGAAUACGGCGAGACUUACCUGGAAAUUAGAAAUUUUCUUCAUGGAAUUAUAAUAAAUAAAGUGAACUUGGACCCUAAUGGCAGCUGUAAUAAAGAAUGCAACGCUUAUUCUUAUAUAAAACAUUAUAACUGUGGCAGUAAUGAGUGGUGUUGGAAAGAAGCAAUGUGUUCAAAAGUGAUCGGUUGCCAGUACGUAGAUUCAUCGAUGGAAGUGUGUCCCUCUGUAUUAACUGGGUACAAAACCAACAGAAGAUACGAAUACGUCAAACUAGGAAAUGGAAGGGUUUUGGGGAAAGAGAAGCCUUGCGACACUGAUAUAACUUCUCUUGAAACUUAUAGAAGUUGGGUUUUUUGGAAAUGCUCCUAUUGUUUCUGUUUAUGUGACGAAGGACGAAAAUUUUAUACGCAAAACCACAUAAAUAUGCGACCAGUCGAGUCGAACAUUCAUCGCAAUAUGGUUGUAACUGGUUUGCAGUUUAUUGAACACAAUCAUGUUAUUCAUCUGCAAAUACAAGAAGGUAAACUUCUUCCAAACGGCCAGAUUGAUCUUAAAAGUGUCCAGUGGUUGGCACCUGAAGACUAUCAAAUUACCCAAAGGAAUUACGUCGAUGGUAAAGAUUAUCAUACACUAUCAUGGGAAAAGAGAAGUUUGCAGCUGGUCGAUAUAAUGGCUAAAGAAGGAAAUGUUGUAACUGGUGUUGGGUUCGUACUUGAUAAAUUCAGAAACCACUUACGUCUACAAGUUUCCACACGGCCUUUUAAUUUUACUACUGGUGAACUUACAAAAACAUCUAAAGCAGUUGUAGAAGAUUCAUAUGAAGUUGGCCCUCAACUGAAACUGGAUGCAGUCGAUAUUCCUACUAGUUCAAAAUUACCUCCAAAUCAGUUUACUACGAAUAAGUUUGUCAAGUUUACAAACUCAGAUUUUCAGAAAGAUGCUGGCCAAACAACCGUACCAUUUUUGGAUGCUCAACCUGUGGAAUCAGCAAACCCAGUGCCUCUAUCCGGAGUUGGUAUUUUUCAUAAAGGACGACCGGAGUUUGGCGGGUUUAUCGCACCGAGAAUUUUUACUUACAACUUUACGAAUCAUUUGGAACCUAUCUUUUCACAGCUUAAAACAAACGAUUAGUUAACUUCGUUGUCUUUAGAAGAAAUAAAUAAUAAUUAAUGACAAAAUUGUGUUACUAGAAUACAUGUUAUGUUCAGGUAUAUGGUACUUUCAUCAGACAGAUGAGUAAAUAUAUAACUUAAUUAGUACAA